UGCACGACUACAUGAUUUGCCCUAUUUUUUCUGUCGUUUAACAGGCGAAAAGGCUCUAAUUUGCAGCUUGAGAACAAGGGAGUAAAGAGAUUGUAAGACCAUAUUGAUAAACUGUUGACUACGAGAAAGGCCUCUGCAUUUUAACAUGAGCUCCGUGACAUUGCUCUGCUGCUUUGUGUUCAGCUCUGCUGGCUUGCUUGUGGCCUAUGCGCACAUGGUAAUGGAACAGUCGAAUGAUUCGACGUCACCUAGCCUCCACGAGAACAACCAGCCAGACGUCCCACCCGUUGUCAUAGUAGAGCUUCCGAAAACAAAGAAGAACCACAGAAAAGCAACGGAAAAGAUAUCAAUGAAAAACCGGCUCGUGUCCCGCAGCAGGAAGCCGCGCCCGCCGCCGCCCGCCAACUGCGUGCCGGUGUGGGGGGGCUGCCGCCUGCCCGGCGCCGCCUGCUGCGACCCCUGCGCCUUCUGCCACUGCCGGCUCUUCAAGACGGUCUGCUACUGCCGCGUGGGCAACCCGCAGUGCUGAGGGUCCGAGCGUGUGCGGGGGAGGGGGAGAACUGUGAUCCCGCAAACCCCCCCCCGGCUCGUGUCCUUCCUUGUGCCCGGAGGUGGCACCCAGAUGGCAAAGCAGAGGCAAGACAGCCGCCCUGGCGGGUGCACCCUGUUUCUGUGCAGGUCCCCCAAUCCCACAGACCCCACGUACACCCACGCAGGGGGUUUAGACACAUCCUUUGAGUUAAUAUGGCAGGUAGGCAGGGGCCUGUUAAAAACAGCCCGCAGCUCAUUUAUGCCGAUAGCUAGAAGCACCACACAGACACAGAUUAUACCCAGCCAUGAGCCUCUGGCUCAUGGCUGACUGGCCUGAAGAUCCCCUGCAGCAGUUUCCUGGAAGAGCUUUAUCUCUGCUGGUUCCGAAGAGGCCCGCUGGGCUGGGCUGGGCUUCAUCUGCUCCAGCUGCUCCCCGAUUCUGUGGGAAGGGCCCGGACAGCCCCCCGUCCUUCCACCCUCGGAGAGCGGCCUUAUUCCCGACGGACAGCUCCUGAAGGACUGACUUCAUUACCGUUACCGUACAGAGCACUGAUCCCAAGCUGCAGCACAGCGUGACUGAGCACAGGCCAGGAGCUGACUGCCCUGAACCUUCCACUGCCCAGCGCCCGCAGACGUCCGUCUUCACCUGCCCACGCACUGCCAUCAGGAAGGCAGCAGGUGUCCCAAAGCAACAGAAGCAGCAGCACCUUCACAGGCAGACCUGCUGCUUUCAGACUGAUUUCCCCCUUCGACGAGCUGGGCUGUCUGCAGCGAGAGGAGCAGGGGUCGCCGCCUCGCAGAUACAAUCUAGAGAGCCAUUCUGCCAGUCCUUUAACCCCCUGCUCUUGAAGCACACCCCCGAGAGGGGGCACGAAACCAGAAUCCCACUCGUCUUCAUUAAAGCGCAUGCGAGGACACAAUUCCACGAGCGUCCCGCUUGAGGACAGGGGUUGAGAACACAGAGCUCCAGCGCGCGGGCCGCUGUGUGGCUGCUGACCCCACCAGGCCUCGAGCCACAGCUUCUGCCCCGACAGGCUGGUCCUGCUCCUGGGCGGGCGCACAGCGUCUGCGUGGCCCCCUGCCCUCAGACCGGCGCCAGGCCAGCAGGGGCUCCGGACCGCCAGGCUUUCUCAACGAUUUCAUCCGGGGCCCCUGGAGCUCAACAGUGUUUGGGUCACUUUACAGGGUAAAUAAAAAACACCCAAAAAACAGCGCAAAAAUAAAAAACAAAUUUAGAUAAAAAACUUGGAAAGAGGUGAAAAGGCAAACACUGAAAUCAAUGACUAAACAGGUCCGUCUGGAGUGCGGAAAGGCCUUUCCCUGUCUCGGAGCAGCAGGGAGCGAGGCACAGAGCUGGGGAGCGAGCGCCCCGAGACUCCCGUACUUUUCCCCAGCCGCGACGUCAUCGCCUCCGCCCUGGUCCUGCGGCCUCCCUCGACUUCCCCAGCCUGUCCCGGGCUGAGCGCACGCCGAGAGCAGAGAGCCGCACUGGAGCGCCGAGCUCGGUGUCCCUGUCCGUGAGCCCAGCUCUUCUCCCAGUCUGGCUCCACACCUGUGCCCUUCUUGCACUUCAAUAUUUCCCACCAGAGCUCUGCCUUCAGCUUCAUACCAAGACUGCGCCUGGUUUCCUUUUCCUGUCCCGCAGUCUAGAUCACUGGUCUCUCCGUCCUGGGGGCUGUCUGCUUGGCACCAUUCUUUACUCUUCCUGCACUCUCAAAGACUGAACAACCAGGCAUGUAAGACACUGAGACACCCCCAGGUGUCCACAAGCACACAGCUCUGGGGGCGCAGGAGCUGCCGCACUGCUGCUAUGCAUUUAAUUUCAUGUAUAUAGUGCCUUUCAUCCCAAAGAGCCACGGCCAUUCUGCACCAGCAGCCCCACUGCCCAGCAGAUCGGGGGGAGGAGCGAGAAACUGCUGCACCGGGUGAAUUAAAGGGGAACUUCAGGGAAACCAGAUAGUUCAAGCCCAGAGUAGAAUUUGGUCAGACCAAGGUUUAACAUCUAAUUAGAGGAUAGCACCUCAGACAGAACAGUGAAUUUAGGAAUUGGUAAGGAUAUCUCAGUCCAAAAGGAAAGACCACCACCUGCAAUAGCAACCUGGUUCUCUCCGAGGUUCUGAGCCUGGGGCCGGACCAGAUCGCUAGAGCGUGCUAUCCUUCAAGCUAUGCAUUCCAAGGCAGCUACGUCACUGUUGUGCUGGAUCAAUAAACCUAUUUCCUGGAACGCAAUCAAUACCAUACGAGUUCUGCCGGAUUCGGAGGCAAAGCAGAAGAAGAAAAGGAGCCUUCAGAGCUAGUCCGCAAUACAACAGGGUUGGGACUUUCUCACCGUACAGCACAGGGAGCGCGUAACCUGUCCACACUCCCCCAAAAUGUGUUCUGAUCUGGUAGCAUAACAGCACAGUUCAGACUGAGCAGAAGACCCACAAUUAGGACAGGUUAUAAAUGCGAGAAGGUCAUUCAGCUCAGCUGGCUGCCAUUUGGCAGGUGGCAGUUCAUCGUUCUGAGGAUCUUAUCCAGCUGUUUCCUGAAUGAAGCCAAUGUAAAGGCUUCAAUCGCAACGGUGGAUGGCCACAACCCUCUGGGAACAGAAGUGCCUUACAUUCUUGGUUUUAAAUGCACUUCCUGUAGUUCCCACUGUCCAUUCCGAGGGCUGUCCCAACCCCUGGGAGUGAAACGUGCCCCUUUUGGAAGAUUCCCCUGUCUCACAAGCAAAGAUGUGGCGUACAUUAGCAUGAUAGCAAUGGCUGUGUGCACUUUUAAGAAAAUAUAGCUUCUAAUCCAUCUUUUCCAAAGGCUAUAUAAUUGUAUUUGCCGAUGAAAAACCUUGGAAAUACAAUUUCUCAACAGCACUUUUGAUAACUUUUUUAUGUGUUUUCAGCAUUUAGGUUUAAAAAUAAAUCGGGAUGUGCAUCAGAGGUUUUAUUUUGUUCUCUAUAUACCUUAUGUGCCAUUGGAGCUCUACCAUUCCUAUUUUUAACUCCCGUGCUUGUAAUCAGAGAUUUGGUUUACAUUUCGUUUGCGUCUGUGUGUACCCGAGAUCAUUUAUUAAAUAUUUACUGCUAUGAAGCAUCAAGACGUAUCAAAACACGCAGAAUGUUUAUCUGUAUUUUACAAAAUAUUUUAUGUAUAUCUCAUUUAAGAUUGUAUUUUUUACCAAGAAAAACCUGU